AUGGCCGGAGACUCAAGGUUAUACAGCGGCAUACCCGUGCGCACGGAGGCGUGUUGCACACCGUCACCGCUGAACUUGAGACGUUCCCUGCUAGCGUGCGGCCUUCUUCUUGGUGCUCCGGCGCUGCUGCCAACCGUCGGCGCCGCCUACGUCGAGACGGCGCCAUGUUCCGGACAGGAGACUUAUUCGCUGGGCGGCGGGAUCGCGAUGGAACGGAUCGGGUUUGACGUUCGCGUGCUCAGUCCGGGGCAGUUCAUAUUCGACAAGAAAACCCGGGCGAACUCGACGACGUUGGAGGCCACGCUCAAUAUCAACUUUCCGAAUUUUACCUCCUGUGCAGAUAUCCCCAGCCGGGAUUGGGAUGCCUUGGUUUAUUUGCAACGGCCCGGGACGUCAAAGACGAGCAUUGUUCGCCAGGCCAACUUCACAUGCCAACCAAGUUGGUUGCCUGAUUUUUAUCCUGGCGUUAUUUCAACCUCCGGCAUCGAUUACGAUCUAGGGCAACUGGAGCCUAUGCCCUCGUUCGGUGUAGAGCUUUCCCUGGGCCCACUGCGGCAGGAACAGGUGAAUGCGACCUAUUGUUUGUACUUUGAGGUCAUGCCUGUCCUUUCAAAAGGUUCAAUACUGGGACUCAGGCUGGGUCCAAUAGCCAUCUUCACUCUUGUCCUGAUAGCCGGCGUCUUCGCUACUCUCUACUCUGAGAUGGAUACGCCAUCCGGCUCUUUACACCGUCGGUGGACUUCUCUUGAUGGGAUAUCGCCGUCCCGCGACAACAACUCGGCUGCCACCCGGCCCAUUUUGCCCGGGGUUGGAGAUUGUCUGCUGCAUUUGCAGUUUAUAUUCCUCAUGGGGGCCCUGACGCCCCAUCGGCCCACUGGGCAUCGCCAAGGGUACACAAACACCGUCAACGGCAUAUACGAGGUUAAUGGCACUCUUUCUGGCGGUACCCUUGGGUUUGAACUGCUCACUCAGAUCACGGGAGGGCCGAUGAGGAUGGAUAUUUGGUGGAACAUGGUCAUCCUGGCCGUCAUUGUCGCCCUGGCAACCGCGCUGCUCCUGCAGAUACCUCGAAUAUUGCCUACGAUUCGCGAGAAAUUCACAUCAACGCCGCCGAACCAACCUCCGCCGCCGACAAAACUCAGCGCGACCCGUACCGCAUGGAACGUGAUCAAGGUUGUCUUGAGCUACUUCCUCACGCCCAUCGUAGCCCUCUCGGCAUACCAGCUCUGCAACUUGUUCUUGCCCGUCUAUCACCUAGUGCUGGCGGCGCUCUUCAUCGUGGCUGUCGUUAUUUGCUUCAUAUGGAUGUCGAGGGUGGCCCCGAGGAGUCAGUUGGGAAAUCUACUGGUGGGAGGUACCAAAAGCCGUUACCGGGCUUUGCAUCAAAGGGAGAACAGCGGCGACCGAACCAUCACCCAACCGAACAAGCCCAACAACGACAAGGCUAGCGAGAUCAACCUCUUCACCAUGAUGUUCUUUGCCGUUGCCUUCAUCAGGGGAAUCACAAUCGGAGGCCUGCAGUCGUAUCCGCUUGCUCAGAUCGCCACACUUGGUGCGGUGGAGAUGGUCAUGUUCAUCAGCACCUUGUUUCUCCGACCCUUUGCCACUCGAGACUUGGUCAUAUCGGUGGGCACCUGUCUCGCCCGCUUCGCCGUCGUCAUGCUCACGGUUGUGUUUUUGAACCAGCUCGACGCAAAGUUCCAGACAAAGAUCUCGGUGGGAUACGUAAUCCUGGGAAUCCACUCGGCCGUUCUCAUCCUUGGUUGCGCCAUUCCAGCCAUACUUCGCUUGCUAGGUCUGGCUCGUGCCAACCUCAAGAAUGUGGAUGGAAAACAUGUUUACGGACUCGAUCGGCUCCACAGACGCAGCACCACUUUCAACAACCUAUCCCAGUUGGACGUUGGGCCAGAGCAUGACGGCAACCUUGCCCACAGCCCGUAUCUCGUAUCGCCGGCCUCAGUCCAUAGUCUUCACCCCUCCUUGGGCAAAGGCUCAACCAGAUCGGGCAGCCAGUCGACCCUCCGACCCGGCACCCGCGACCGAUUCUUCCGCGAACCCCGUGCGAAAACAUCCCUGACGUCACUCAAUUCCUCAUACAGCCCCAACAGCCCGAUAGACCGCAGCAAGCAGUCCUCGGAAGGCGAACGCGAUUCCUUGGGGCCGCUGAGGAAAGCCACGACCCUGAACCUGCCGACGGCCGGCCGCUCCUCCAGGAACCGCCGACACUCAUCCGCAUCGAUAUUAUCAGACGGGACGCUGGUCGACGCGUCGGAGCCUCCCCUGCCCCUCGCCCGGCCGGCCCUGGCGCCACGAUGGGGUGACUACUCGUUCCGCGAAGCCGACCUCUACUACCGACAACCGCCCGCCUACGAAGGCGCGAACGAGCACGACUGGUCUGCCGCGGCUGAUUCUUCGUCUUCGAACCGACAGGAAGGCCUGCGGAGCUUGAGCGCGGGGGUCAGCGUCUGGGCGCAGCUGACGGGAUCCAAGACGGCGGCUUCCUCUGGCGGUGGCGGUGGCGGAUUCGAGGUGCGCAGGCCGCCGCGCCCCGUCCCUGAGCAGUCUGGCAGGUCCGCCUCGGCUGGGACGUUCGAGGUCAGAAGGCCGCCCAAGCCUGCCCAGCAGUGA